GCCGGGCUCUCCAUAUUGAACGAUCGUGAUGGCGUACGCAAUUCAAAGAGCGUUGAAAAAGGGACUUACCCAGUUCAAUCAAGCGACGCAAGUUAGCUUCCUGCACGUGAGUCGAGUGACAGCAUGCGAGGCCAAGGUACAGCAGCGUGCAAAGUUGCAUUCAGCAGUCGAAAGAAAUAAACAGGUGCCUGUGAGCAAGUUUGAAUCAGAUAGCUUUAUUCGAUAUGAUGACUUGGAGAACAACCUGAAUAUUGUCAAAAAGAGGUUGAACCGACCUCUGACCCUUUCGGAAAAAAUCCUGUACAGCCAUUUAGAUGAGCCGAAUACGCAGGAUAUCAAGAGGGGAGAAUCCUAUCUCCGUCUCCGGCCAGAUAGAGUGGCUAUGCAAGAUGCUACUGCUCAGAUGGCCAUGUUGCAGUUCAUUUCAAGCGGGUUACCAAAGGUAGCCGUACCAUCGACCAUUCACUGUGAUCAUUUGAUUGAGGCACAGCUUGGAGGAGACAAGGAUUUAGCUCGGGCUAAGGAUAUCAACAAGGAAGUAUAUGACUUCCUUGCGACUGCUGGAUCCAAGUAUGGAGUGGGAUUCUGGAAGCCAGGCAGUGGAAUCAUCCAUCAGAUUAUCUUGGAGAAUUAUGCAUUCCCUGGCCUUCUGAUCAUUGGCACAGACAGUCACACGCCAAAUGGAGGUGGCCUCGGUGGUCUUUGUAUUGGUGUCGGAGGAGCUGAUGCUGUUGAUGUCAUGGCCAAUAUCCCCUGGGAACUCAAGUGCCCCAAAGUGAUUGGCGUUAAUUUGACAGGUGAACUUUCCGGUUGGACAUCCCCAAAGGAUAUCAUUCUGAAGCUGGCUGGAAUCCUGACUGUCAAGGGUGGCACUGGAGCCAUCGUGGAGUAUUUUGGGCCAGGAGUGGACUCCAUUUCCUGCACUGGGAUGGCUACUAUUUGCAACAUGGGAGCUGAGAUUGGAGCAACAACCUCAGUCUUCCCCUUCAAUAGUAGGAUGGCAGAUUAUCUCAAUGCCACACAUAGACAAGGUAUCGCGGAUCUUGCCGACCGUUACAAGAAUGUGUUACUCUCCGCGGACCCAAGUUGUAAAUAUGACCAGGUUGUCGAGAUCAACCUGAGUGAGUUGGAGCCUCACGUCAAUGGACCAUUCACGCCUGAUCUUGCCACUCCCAUCUCCAAGCUUGGUCAGACUGCCAGAGGAAAGGGUUGGCCUGAGGAGAUCAAAGUGGGUUUGAUUGGAAGUUGCACCAACAGCAGUUAUGAAGAUAUGGGUAGAUCAGCAAGUAUUGCCAAGCAGGCCUUAGCAAAGGGUCUCAAAGCAAAGUCUUCGUUCACUGUAACACCUGGGUCAGAACAGAUCCGUGCAACCAUUGAAAGGGAUGGACUUUCUAAAGUGUUUGACAACUUUGGUGGAGUGGUCUUGGCAAAUGCCUGUGGGCCUUGCAUUGGACAAUGGGAUAGAAAAGAUGUGAAAAUGGGUGAAAAGAACACCAUUGUGACCUCAUACAACCGAAACUUCACUGGACGUAAUGAUGCCAACCCUGCCACCCAUAGUUUCGUCACAUCACCAGAGAUGGUGACCGCUCUUUCGAUUGCUGGAACACUUGACUUCAAUCCUCUCACCGAUGAACUCACUGCAGCUGAUGGUUCGAAAUUCAAACUUGAAAGUCCCUUUGGUGAUGAACUUCCAUCGGACGGUUUCGACCCUGGUAAGGACACCUACCAGCACCCGCCCACCGACGGCUCCAAUGUUAAUGUUGACGUUAGUCCAAAGAGUAAACGCCUACAGCUGCUAUCACCUUUCGACAAAUGGGAUGGCAAGGAUUUAGAAGAUAUGUUGAUUCUAAUCAAGGCCAAGGGUAAAUGCACAACUGAUCAUAUCAGUGCUGCCGGACCAUGGUUGAAAUUCAGGGGCCAUCUUGACAACAUAUCAAACAAUUUGCUCAUUGGUGCUGUGAAUGAAGAGAAUGGUGAGAUGAAUAAAGUGAUGAAUCGUCUAACUGGAGAAUAUGGAGCCGUCCCGGACACUGGUCGACAUUACAAGGCCAAUGGAGUUAACUGGGUGGUAAUCGGUGAUGAGAAUUACGGUGAGGGCAGCAGUAGGGAACAUGCUGCGUUAGAACCACGACAUCUUGGGGGUAGAGCAAUCAUUGUAAAGAGUUUUGCUCGGAUUCACGAAACGAAUUUGAAGAAGCAGGGUAUGCUGCCCCUCACCUUCUCCAAUCCUGCAGACUAUGACAAAGUAAAACCAACAGAUAGAGUAUCGAUCUUAGGAUUAAAAGAUUUAUCACCAGGAAAGCCUUUGACAUGUAGGCUAAAGCACGAGGAUGGAAGUACCGAUGAGUUCGAACUCAAACACUCCAUGAACUCUCAACAGAUUGAAUGGUUCUGUGCAGGCAGUGCGCUCAACCGAAUGAAGGAGCUUAUGAAAUAGUGAGACGGUCGAUUAGGAAAUGUGAUUUUGUUUUUGUACUUGAAGUGGUGUGAUAGACUACUUGAUCAGUGAAUAAUGAAUAUGCCCCACUAGAACCUUAUCAGAUUGCGGUGGACAGCUUCCAGUUAUCUUCGUUUACAAAUCCUAAGGAAAAGUCCUUCGUGAUUUUUUUGCUGUGAAUCCUGAAAGUCUCUGCUCCAUGAUCUGCAUGUUUUAUAGGGUCUUGUGCUCGGGCCAUCAAUUCACAUCUCGAUAAUAUGAGUCGUGUAAAAGGAUUUAUUCUACCUGAAAAUUAACUUCUUUAUUCAUUUGGGUUUUGUCAACGAAAUAGGCCAGUUAUAACUGUGUAAAGAUUGAAACAUUUUGGAUACACUUUUCUGGUAACUUAAGCUGAGCUGUAUAGAAACAAUGAAUGUUAAUUGCCUUCCUUCUUACCUGGACAGCUGUUUACAUGAAUGACAUGUACAUGUAAUAUGAAUAGUACCUUGUUAGGAUUCAGCCUGCGUUAUUUACUUUUCAAAUGAAACUUGAGUGGCUAUCUUUGUUGAAUAGUGUGACAAAAUCAAACAGAUACAUGUGUUUAUUCUUUAACCUCAAAAAGGACAUAAUUUGACGAAAAUCAAAACUUCUGAACCUAAAAUUCAGGAGCGUAGUUUUGCUGUGUAUUUGCCUUUGAGGUUGUCUUUCUAACCAUAUGAUAUAGGGCUGUUGAUUUUGUCAUAAGUACGUUCUCAUUCUUAAGGAUUUUUCUUUUCUUCCAAUGGUCUCUGUUACCAUGUGUGCUUAUGUUAUGUGUGCUGAAAUUUAAGUAAUUAGUUAUUCUUAGAAAUGUAUAUAGAUCUAAUCGUUAUGUACUACAUUAUUGUAUUUUCAAAAAAUCAAAAAUGAAGAGUAGACGGUGUUUAUGCCCAGUGCAUGUAAUUGUUAAAAUGCAGUUACAUGUACAUGUACAUGUCGACAGUUCAUGCAUGUUCAGCAACAAAUUUGUAAUGAAAUAUUAUUCAGAAAUGUUAACUGUGAAGUGAUGGUUUUGGUUUUUUUCAGUGAUGAAUGGAAGAGAAAUACGUAGAAUAGUUAUUAGGUCUCUAUCACAUGUGCGAUAAUUAUGCUGAUUAAACAGACUAGUUGAUUUUGAUCUGCAAACUUAAGCUCCUAAUGUAAACCAUGCUUCGAAAAUGAAACAGUGUCAAAACCAUUUCUAAACCAUGUACUAGCACAGGUUUUUCAGGUAUUUGUUUGCUUGUGAUGACUUAUCUCUGAAUGGGCAAUAAAUUAGUUGACUUCAUGAAAA